GGGCAGAAACACCCAGAGACGUUCAGAUGCGACACCCUGUUAGCUGUGUUUACGGACGGCUUUAGCUUUAGCUAAGUUUGUCUUCAAGUAUGUAAAAGGGAUAAUUCACAAAUGUCACUUCAUUCACUUUGAUCUACGGCAGAUAUCUGGAAAUAUAAGUAGGAGCCCCGGUUCCAACCAUCGAAAAAAACAACAGCCAUGACGUGCCGGGAUAUCCACGCCACCAACGCCUUUGCCUUCAUCAUUGCCUUCGUAUCAGUGGGUGGGAUCACUGUGGCAGCGCUGAUCCCACAGUGGCGCAUCACCAGACUCAUCACCUUUAAUCGCAACACCAAGAAUGUCACCGUGUACGACGGGCUGUGGGCUAAAUGUGUAAAACAGGAUGGGUAUUCAGGAUGUUACCACUAUGACUCAGAGUGGUACUCCAAAGUCGACCAGCUGGAUCUGCGGCUCCUGCAGUUUUGCCUUCCAACUGGCCUCUUUCUCGGCUCCCUAGCCUUGCUUCUUUCCAUGUCUGGGAUGUUUAAAACCUGCUGCUGCUCAGACAAGCCUGAGCCGGACAUUAAGACCACCAGAUUUAUAGUAAACAGUGCAGGCUGCCAUCUAGUGGCUGGGAUGUUCUUGUUCCUCAGUGGAGCCGUCUCCAUCGCGCCUUCAGUGUGGUUCCUGUUCCAUACCAAGGAGAUGAACCGUAAAUAUGCCAACAUCUUCUCCAAUGGGUUCGCUGUCUAUGUAUCCAUAGGCUGCUCUGGAGGACUCAUGUUAGCCGCGCUACUUACAUUCAUGUGGUAUUGCAUGUGUAAGAAGCUGCCUUCACCUUUCUGGUUGCCGCUGACUCCAAUGUCUUCCUCUACUUCCACCCAACCUCUCACCGCCAACGGAUUCCCUCCUUCCCCGGGUUAUGGCCCGCAGCAAUUCCCACCACAGGUGCUUCCCCCUACAGUCAUCGAGACACAGCCUUUUGUGACUUCGCAGGGCUACAUCCAAAACGCAAUGGCCCCUGCACCUGGUCAGCUGUAUAUGUCUCAGGUUUCUGCUGCAGAUGGGUAUGGAUCUGAGGUGGGAGGAAGCCAGGCUUACACCUACGCCCCUUCCCAGAGCUACGCACCAUCGCAGAGCUACGCCCCUUCCCAGAGCUACGCGCCAUCGCAGAGCUAUGCCCCUUCCCAGAGCUACACACCGUCGCAGAGCUAUGCACCUUCCCAGAGCUACGCCUCAUCUCAGAGAUAUGCAUCCAGUUACACAGGCCACCGUUACUCCAGCCGUUCACGGAUGUCAGCCAUAGAGAUUGACAUUCCUGUUCUUACCGAGCCAGAGUGAGCAGGAAGGAUGAUAACUAGAAAACACUAAAGGCCUCUGCCUAUAGGGCACCAGAAAGUAGUGUGCUGAUAAAACUAAUAGACCCUGAUUGAUGAAAGCCAUCUUUAGCCGCUUACAGUUUAAAAGGUCUAUCCAAACAGUUAAGGUUUGUAGUGCUGAUUAUAUAAGACGAGAGCCACCCCAAACAACACUACUGAAUGAAGGACUGUGUGUGUGUGUGUGUAUAUAUAUAUAUAUAUAUAUAUAUAUAUAUAUAUAUAUACACACAAUAUUUAUAAAUGAAAAUGAAGAUUCCUUAAACAAUGUGUUUCUUAUCAUUAUGAAAAGUAAUUUCAUUUAAAUGUUUCCCACCAAAAAGGAAGCCAAUUCCUGCCAUACUCGUCACCUAUGUUUUUCACUACUAGUUUUCCAGGUCUGUUGCAAUAAUAGACCUGGAAAUAAUAGUAGUGUAAUACUUAUCAUUUCUUUCUAAAUAAAAUGGGAGCAGUCGACCAAAUAAUCCCAACAAACCUACCGUACUAGUUUAAUGCAUUCCCUUUACUGUUACAUUCCCUCGGUCAGAUAACUGUUGUGGAGGACUCUGUUAUCACUAUUGAGCAUUAACACUGGCUACCUUCAACUCUAUAUUGUUUUCUGCACACUAAUCUGUUAGCGUUUCUGUUUUGUUUUUUUCUCUAACAAGUUUAUGUCACAGUGUCAAUGUGAAGGGCAGCUGCCUUAAUGCACUAAUAAUAUGAAGACUGUACCAGUUUACUAUUUGAUUAUUGUUCUUAGAGUUGUCCUUUUUAAUGCGUAGCCUUUAACGUUGAAAUCGUGGUGUAAAGUAAAUAACACUCUGUGCUAAAUCUGCCUUUUUAAAUGCAAAUUUUACAUUAACUCUGGAAAUGAAUAUUUGUGUCAAACUGAAGUAUCUAUAUGAGGUGAACAGUGUGGAAGCCAAAUGUAACCUCGUUGCCUAUUGUAUGCUUUGCAUAUUAAGUGCUGAUCAAUCUUUUUUUAUUGUUUGGAUCAUAUUCUGCUAUAUUCAGAUCCAUAAUUCAAUUGUGCUGUUUUUUUACACUGUCAACUCUUUGUUUUAAAUAAAUUACAAAACACCUG